AGAACCACUGCUCGAGCAGCAAACCCUGAGCGGUACACUGUGGGAAUCCCUGCAAUUCCCCCGCUGGCCUGUUGGGGCCGCUGUUGACUGUGAAGUGCAGCACGGACGCCAUCUUGAGGAGACCCCGAUCUCAGCGCUGGGCUGGUGACAACACGCUCAUCAUGACGGGAUUACUCACUUCCAAGUAAAACGGCAUCAGUGUUGGGUUGCAGGCGUUGAGCGGAGAGAAGAGGAUCUGCCUCGGCGACGGUUCUCCGCUGCAGGCUGUUUUUAGAGCGAGGCCGCGCUGUAACCCGAUGGCCGGCUAGCUGCUGUGUGGAUACGCCGCGGCCUGCUCGGGAGGAGGAAGGGUGGUGACGGCGCAAAAUGCUUCACCGCUGACUCCCAAACAGACAGUCAUCCUGCCCAGAGACUCGCUGCGAGUUGGUCAACGAGCACGAUGCACUUAUAGAUUUCUUCGAAAAGGAAAAACGCUCUGUACUUUCAGAUUUAGUUUUUAUUUAUCGCUGUGUGAACGACCCGGACCGCCGUCUUGCGUACCCUGAAUCCCCAGCCGGAGACAUGUCAUCCAACUGCACCAGCGCAGCGCCCAUCAGCGCCAGCAAAACCAAGACGAAAAAGAAGCAUUUUAUAGGACAGAAAGUGAAAUUAUUCCGCGCCAGUGAGCCCAUACUCAGCGUUUUAAUGUGGGGUGUCAACCAUACGAUUAACGAGUUAAGUAAUGUGCCUGUACCAGUGAUGCUGAUGCCAGAUGACUUUAAAGCCUACAGCAAGAUCAAAGUGGACAACCACCUAUUUAACAAAGAAAACCUGCCUAGUCGCUUUAAGUUUAAAGAGUAUUGCCCCAUGGUGUUCAGAAACCUGAGGGAGAGGUUCUGCAUUGAUGACCAGGACUACCAGAACUCUCUGACCAGGAGCGCCCCGCUCAACAGCGACACCCAGGGCCGCUUCGGCAACCGCAUCCUGUCCAGCUACGACCACCGCUUCGUCAUCAAAACCGUGUCCAGUGAGGACAUCGCUGAGAUGCACAACAUCCUAAAGAAAUAUCACCAGUUUAUAGUGGAGUGUCAUGGCAACACGCUGCUCCCUCAGUUCCUGGGCAUGUACAGGCUAACGGUGGACGGGGUGGAGACGUACAUGGUGGUGACCCGGAAUGUAUUCAGCCAUCGGCUCACCGUACACCGCAAAUACGACCUGAAGGGUUCGACAGUCUCAAGGGAAGCCAGCGACAAGGAGAAGGCGAAAGAGCUCCCCACUUUCAAAGACAACGACUUCUUGAAUGAAGGCCACAAGCUGCAGAUAGGAGACGACAACAAAAAGUACUUUUUGGAAAAGCUAAAACGGGAUGUAGAGUUCCUGGCCACUCUGAAGAUCAUGGACUACAGUCUCCUGGUGGGCAUCCAUGAUGUGGAGCGGGCGGAGCAAGAGGAGAUGGACGUGGAGGGCACGGGGGAGGACGAGGAGUACGAGAACGACGGGAUGGGAGGAGGCGUGUUAACGGGCUCUUUCGGCACGCCUCCCGACAGUCCCGGAAACCCUCUGAACUGCGGCGGGUUUUUCGGCCCCGGGGAGUUCGACCCCUCUGUGGAUGUUUACGCGAUCAAGAGCCAUGACAGUGCUGUGAAGAAGGAGGUAUACUUCAUGGCUAUCAUCGACAUUCUCACACACUAUGACGCUAAGAAAAAAGCUGCACAUGCUGCCAAAACUGUGAAACAUGGGGCGGGGGCCGAGAUCUCGACAGUGAACCCGGAGCAGUACUCCAAACGAUUCUACGAGUUCAUGUCCAACAUCUUAUCGUAAACAUCAUCUUCCAGUCCAGCCAGCUGGUCUCUCCCUGUCAGAUCUGUCAGAUGCCACGCCCACGCGCACACAGACACACACACACACACGUUUCUCUCCUCCCUCACCUCAGUGUAGGUCAGUCUCCCAUCGUUAAAACUAAACCACCUCUCCUCAGCAUCAAGCCUGUUACACUAUCCCGACUCCACCUGUGAACCCCUCUCACUGAAUUUGGUUCCUGGUAUUCUCCCUGUGGUGUUUUUCUUAAAAAACAAACAAACAAAUAAACAAACAACAAAAAAAGAACCUGCUCUCCUUCAGCCACCUUGUUGCUCCUCACGCCAGCACGGAAACUGUCUCACUAAUGCCUUGAAUGAGUGUGUCAGCUUCAGCAGUUACCAGUUCGUUAGUAGAGUCUCUUUAGUUUCUGUUCAUGUUGUUGUUGUUCCUAUAAUUUCUAUUAGACAUACACGCACACAUGCAGCACACACGCAGAUGAAGAAAGGUCUGAUUGCAUGGCAAACUCUUCGACAGUCGCCAUCAGGCUUCUCUCUCGGUAACAAUUUUUCUUUUGUUUUUUUUACAAGUUCUUCUGAUGGAUUUGGAACGACAGGGUGAUGAACACAUGAAUAUAUAAUGGUGUAUUAAGUAAAAGAAUGCAAUAUCAAAAAAAUGCAUGGCUGACUUGUACAUGAGACUCCACCAGUUGAAACAUCGAACCACUGAACUUGGCAUCUGAGUGUUACGACUAAAACUUUUUAAAAAAAGGAAAAAAAAAUCCGUGUUUGAAUGUUCUGUUGCCAUAUUGUUUCUGAAUAUUUUUCCAAUUUAACCGUGAACUUGGUGGAGGUCGGUCAAAGAGGACAAAAAAACAACAAAAACAUUCACUUUAAAAAGGGUAUUCUGCAGCAAAUACUUGUUUUAUUACCAUAAGGAUCAUUUUUAUAUCUUGUUUACAUUAAUGUAGCAACUUUGUGUUUGUAUACAGUAUUGUUUUGUUACCAGCAGACAUUAGGAAAAAAGGUUACUUGAAAAUGAUUCAUUGCAUAUUAAAGGGAGUUUUAUCUUGUU